AAACAUUCGUGUUUGUGUUUAUGUUUUUUGUGGCUCUAAUAUUUUGGUCAUUUUCCGCGUAUUUAUGAGAUUGCAGAAAAAUUUUGAGGCGCAAUGAAUGGGCCAGGAAUUAGUUUGUUUCAAGGCACUGAACUCAGGUUGAAUCAAACAAAUCCUGAGGAGGAGGAGGCCGAAUUAGCUGAGGAGGAAAAACGGAAGAAUGCGGAGCUUCGAAAUCUGCUUAACGGUGCCUUUGAUGACUUGGACAUUAACGAUGCAGACCUCAGUUUCACCAGCAGCAAAAAUCUGAAUGACUAUUCACUUCCGGCAGGAGGAGCCUCUUCAGAAGAAGAUUUGUACCAAGUUAAUCCCAAGAGAUCAACCAAUGGGCUUUCCAAUGGCCAUGGGGAUGGUACCGAAUUGUCCGCUCAUUACAACCACUGCUACCACAACAAAGGUUCCUGCGUGGACUCGUCUGCAAGCUCAAGCCCUACCAAGCGGAAAGUCACUGCAUCAGGUGAUGCCCAGCAGCUGGCUGUUAUGUAUGAGGUGCGGAUGAGAGAAAUUGUAAGGCUGCAAGACAUGUUAGAAGCCAACAAAAAAGAGGCAAAUGACAGAAUCGAGCGCCUUGGCCACAAGAUUUUGCAGUUGGAGGCUGAGAGAGUGGCUACCAACAGCUCGCUAACACAAACUCAGACUCUUCUUGUGUCUGCUAAAGAACAAGUUCAGGGGCUAAAAAAGGAGGUGGAUUCGCUAAGAAAACAAAAUCAGGAUCUGGAUGAAAUUCGAGAAGAGCUCGAGCAAGACCGGCUGAUCAUGAGAGCAAACAUGGAAAGUCUUAACUCCAAACUGGCCGCAAUGGAAAAAAUCUCAGCUGAAACGUCAGGCGCUCAGCAAGCAGACAUGAUUAUCAGGUCGUUGGAGGAGCGGCAACGCAAGGAAAUUAUCUCAUACCAAGUACAAAUUGAAGAGAUGAAAGAAAAGCUAAGCUACGCGGCUGACAACAUCCGAAGCCAAGAGCGACGCAAUGCAGAGCUUUCGAGACAGCAGGAAGUCAUGUUGCUAGAGAAAGCUGACACGAUAAAUGGUCUAUCUAGAGCGCUGGCUCAAAGUCAACAGCACUGCCAGGAACUUAUGGCGGCUGACAGAACCAAUUCUUCUGUGGAGAUCAGGCGUUUGAAAGACACUUUGAAGCAGCAAGAAAGUGCGAUUGAAAAGUACAAAAUGGACAUCGACCACUUGGAAACCAUGGUCGGCUUGAAUGUCUUGACGUCUGACUCUGCUGCAGUCACCAGUGGCAAGGCGAGUUUUUACAAGACUGGCCUCGACUCUGUGGACAGUCUGAGAGAAGAGCUGGCUAAAUCUCUGCGCUACCACGAAGCCCGCAGAGCUGAGAUAAAACAGCUUCAGUACACAAUUCAGGAGAAGGAAAAUUCUGCAAAGGCCUGGUUGCAGCAGGAGGACCGAUACAAAAAGGAAUUAACUGAGUUUAAGGCUGAAUGUGACAAACUUGCCAAUGAUCUUGCGAGGACAAAGAAUCGACCAAGUGAUGACCAGCUGAGCGAGGAAAAUUCGGCACUGAAAAUCUCGCACUUGGAAACAGCCAUUGAACGACUUCAAGCGCAGAACGUCCAGCUGGCGGAGAGUUCGGUGGAGCUGCAGCGAAUUUGUGAUGAAGAGAAGUUCAAAGUGAUCGACGACCACAGCCGCGAGUAUUUGUGUUUCCACCACGAUGCUGUGGCCAAAGCUCGGCAAGAGGAGCGGGACAAAGUGCAGAGCGAAAUUCAAAAAUUAAAGUGCGAGUUGGAAUUGGCUCUGGAGGAUGCAGACAAGUCGAAGCAAGCGUACAUCAACUUGGUCACCACCAAAAAUGCAGUUGCCACGGAGCUGGAGAGCCAGCGCAAGAUUUUAGGGAAGCUGCAGAACCAGGUUGGCUCAAAUGCCAACCCAAAACACGAACUGGGAGACAUGCAGCUGGCUGCAUACGAGGAGAGAGUGCGAAGGGAGAUUGAAAAUGCAAAGAAAGAAAUGCUUGACGAAGUGGUGAAGGAGAAGGAAGCUCUGAAGGCUGAAGCUAAAAUUGAGGCCGAGAAGGAACUGGAAAUAAAAAUCCUUGAAGCUAUUGAGAGUGCUAGAAAGGACUGGCUGAAAGAUUCCAAUGGGUCAAAAAUAAGAGACGAGCUUGAAGCAGAAGUGGAGAGACUGAAAUCCCAGUUGGAAAAGCAGGUGGAAGAGGCAAAACUGCAGAAGAAACAACUGGAAGACCGCCUCUGGUCUCACUUCCACGAAGAGCUGAUGCGGCUGGACCAGUUCCAGGCUGACUCAAAAUUAACACGAGCUUCAGACCAACCGAGCGAGCGACAAAACGAAAAUGACACGCCGUUGAGGAAGACGCACUCUCUGAACAACCUGGAGACUCGUGCCGAGCUGGAGGAGUGCGUGAAGAAGCUGAGCCACGAACUGGAAGAGACGAAGACAGUGCACUCGCAGCGGCUGAUGGAGCUGCAGGAACUGCUGUUCAACAAGCAGAAGGAAAUGGAGGAGUUCAAGCAGCGGAUGCUCGAGUACACGAGGAGUUUGCACGAAGGCCGUGAAAAGCAGAAUGAGCAGUACAUCGGCGCGCUGAAGAAGGAAAUAGAGUGUUUGAAUGAAGAACUGAGUAAGAAAGCGCAUUCUGAGGAUCUCAAGAGGCUGAAACACGAAAAAAUGAGGGCAGCAGAGGAGGUGGCCAAGCUGAGGAGAGCUGUGGAGAAGUACAAGGAAAAAAUUACUCAGGCCAAAGAUUACUAUGAGCGGAGGGAGGAUCUCAUCACAGAGCAGUUCAAACAGAAGGAGCGCGAAUACUUCAAUUUGCUUCUAAAACUCAAGAAUGAGGUUGAUUCGUUUGAAAUCCUCGCACCGAUUUCUCACACUCAGGAGGAACAUCCUGUUAAAUUGUAGUUAGAUGAUUCCGUGAUGAAAAGUGGGACCAAUUUUUACUUUGAAAUCAAGGGGCCAGAACAAAAAUGCUCAGCACUUUUGUCAUUGUGAAAAUAAAAGCAAUAUAUUUCAACAA